AUGAAACUAAAAGAAAACACCACUUCCAACGAGCACCUCACAUGACGUCCAUUACAAAAGCUUGAGUGUGCACGCCUACACCCAUCUCAAGGGGGGACACUCCUUGCUCUUUCCAAAAUCAUCCCCUGUAACAAUGCUGCUCCAAACCCAUUAUUAUAAAACAUUCAUUCCUUUUUCCAAUGCUAGCGUUCCAAAAGUAGGAAAAUCCCAUAGUCAUCCACCAAAACCUCUUGAGCAUGGUCUUCACUAUUCACCUUGCCACCUUCACCCCCAUGAAACAUUUCAAUGGCAGAGCUACAAUCUCGCGGGACAGCGUUGAAACCCAGAUGGGAAGAGCAUCAUCCAGAAAGUAGUACAACAAAAGCAUCAUUUUAUAGACAGUCAAAUGUAAAUCUAAGCGCAGAUUUAGCUCCACAGAGUUCCAGCUUUGGUGGGUUCUUGGUAUCCAUUCCAAACUAUUCUUCUACAGUGAUACCACCUUCUUCUUCAUGUGCCAAUGGCCUUGUCGGUCAGCCGCCCUAUAUUACCGUUGGGAAUAACAAUAAUAGUGGUAUUCAUUUUUCAUCAUCAUACAAGCAAGGAGGCAGCAGCAAUAUUCCUACCGAGCAAGAACCGAAUAGAAAUGGGGUGAAUGGGCAUGAAGUGAAUGUGGGUCAGGUCUUGGCUGAACUUGAAAGAGAACGUCUGAAGAAUGCUGAGCUAUUGGGCAGAGUAUCUUCUUUGGAAGCACAGUUACAGGCAAAGGAAAAAGCUUCUGCCAUUUUAUCUGACCAGGAUGAUUCUCCUGGGAUCAUGCAAAAUGAUAUCAAGAAGCUCAAGAGAACUAGGAAUGAAGAGGAAGCUGGUGAGGGUGAAGACACUGAUAAUAAGAAAACUGCUAAUAAUGCAUUGCACAUCAAACAUGAAGGUGCAAGAGCAGCUAUUAGAUUGACUGCUCAACAGGAUACCAUUGUAAAUUGGAUGGGACAGGAGGAGAUACAAACUCCAGAUUCUGAUAAAUUCCAAGAUGGUGCUUCUGAGGAGGAAUAUGAUGAAAGUGAUGAUUCAGAUGUCGAUUCUGAUAAUGCAUAUGAUGCUGAUGAAGUAGAUGAGUAUGAACAUACAAAAAUUAAGGAUAGUGCAAGAAAUAUUAUAGGCAGGCAAAAAGAGGAUGAGGGAACAGAGAUUCGAGGAUUAGAGAUUGUGUCUAAUGUUCUAGAUGAUGGGAAGAGUUCAGGUGUGAAGAUAAAGGAGGAGCAAGAUGAAGCUCAUCUUCUAGCUAUCACUGAUUGUCAUAUGAAAGAUGUGGGAGAUGAGACAAAAGUCAAAAGAAUGAAGAAGAAGAAAGAUAGGAAGAAAAAAAGUUGUGAAAAGUCUUUUUAUGGUGAAAAAUAUCCCUAUUAUGAAAUGGGCCCCUCAAAAUCUCCAGGGGUUAUUCUUUCGUAUAAGAAGCCACCAAAAACAGCCUUUUGUCCCAGAGAAGUUAGAAGGAUUAUGGAAUCAGGAGUUCUUGCACUUAAAAAUGCACAAUCACAUACAAUGCGUAAAAUUAUAGUGUUUGCUUCACUGGGAAUAAGACAUGGAUGUGAAGAUAUGUAUGAACUGGAUUUCAAUCAUUUUACCAUUCUCAGGGAAGGGGAGGCCUACGUGUCUCCAAAAGAUCCUGGGGAGCAUGUAUUGUAUGAGCAGCCUGGUGUGCGGCGAAAGAUAUUCUACCCUAACAGACAAAAUUUGAUUCUAUGCCCUGUUACUAUACUUCAAGAGGAAAAGGCAAUGCGUCCUUCAGAUCCAAGUUGCCCAUCAUGCUUGUUUCUCUGCAUUAAAUAUGGUGGCAGGACACGGAAUCUUCCUCAAAAUGAGUAUGUGAGACAACGCAUGGGAAGGAAUAAGUUGAAAUCUUUUGGGCCUCUAAUAUGUCAAAUGGCUAUGUUAGUUCAUAUUCGAACUGGAAGUUUCUUCUUCAAAGCCCUAGGCAUUACGCUUCUCUUCAUGGCUGGAUUCACAGAUGAUGUAGUCCGUAGAGAGACAAAGUAUGGAAAUCUUGGUUUGCUUCAGAAGUACUACAGGUCAGAUGAGGAUUCUCAAGGGGAGGAGCUGUUCCAUCCAUAUUCAAUGUUCUAUCCACUGCAGGCUAUGACAACUGCAGCUUCAGUGUCAGCAAGAGCUGUUUCAGCAGCAGGAAAAUCAUCAAGGAAGAGAUCCCAUGCUCUGAUCCUCAGUAAGCCCCCUGUAUCACAUAUGGCACAGUAUUUUCCAUCUGUUUCUGAAAAUUCCAUGGCAUCAGCACAAUUUAGUCCGAUGACAUUUCAUCAUACUUUGACUGCUUCGGGAGCUACUCUUCCUCUAACAUCUCCACUUAUUCAAGCUGCAUCAGCUUCUACUACUACAGGUAUAAUAACAACCAUUGCUGCUGGGACAGGACCUUUGUCUUCCAUGCCUCGACCAUUUUCAAUGUUUCCUCCAUAUGUUACUCAACGUCCAUCUGGUAGCUAUUUGCCAAUGCCAGCAUGGCAUCAUGCAAACUCCUAUCUUCCCAAUCAUUAUCGAUCCUCUCCAUUUGGAUACCAUGCAUUUCAACCUUCCUCGCACUAUUUGUCUCAUCCCUCACAACCAUAUUAUAGUAGACAUAUUAUUCCUUCCUCGGCUUCCAAUGCAAAUACCGGAAUGGGAAAGAAAAGUGAUGAUUUAGAUGAACUAGAGAGUGACACAGAAAGCAGCUCAAGUGAAGCAGAUGAGAAAAGUAAUAUAUCAAACAGUUUUGGGACUAAGGAUUUAUAAAGCAAUGAGAUAUUGCAUGUAAUUUUUAGUUCUUCAGAAAAUAUGAAUCUCAAAAGAAAAAAUGAAUCACAAUUUGAUACAAAGCAUUUUGAGAAAGUAAAGAGAAUUGAAAUAAAUAAAACAGAUAUGGGAUUAAAUAUUUAUAGAAAAGUGAGAUCCAAAAUGCGAUUUUGGGUAUAUUUUCAGAAAAGAGGGUGAAUUGGAUGAAUCACAAAAUGAAGAGAAAGCAGCUCAAGCAAAUCAGAUAAGAAAAGCAACAAAUCUAACAGUUCUGACUAAGGAUUAGAGAGAACUCAGGAUUUUACAUGUAAUUUUUGGGUUCUUCUUCAGCUUCUUAAUUGUGAACAGAAUGGUUAUCCCCUCCAUGAUGAAUGGUGGAAUAUUACAUUUGAUGGAAGGUUAACAAUCAUUUUAAUUUUGCAUCUCAUAUAUGUUUUUCCUUUGUCUUUA